AUGGGUGGAGGGGUGGGGUUUGGUGGGGGGAUGAAUGAUAGGGUAGGGUUAAGGGAUGAUGGGGGGUGGAGUUGGGAGGGGGGUAAAGGAUGGUGUGAGGGAGAUGGAGGGGGGGGGGGGGAGUUUAAAAUGGAGUUCGGAGGGGAAUUGGGGUUUGUGAGGGGUGUGUUUGGGUUUUUAUGGUUGGUGAGGGGGGAGUGGGUUAUAUAUAUGGAGAUUGGGGGGAAGUUUUGGGGGUUUAUAAAGGGGUGGAGGGUAGAAUGUGGAUGUUGGGUGGAUGAUAUGGGGAUGGGGGGGGGGGGUAGGGGUUGGAUAGGGAAUGGUAGUAUGGGGUAUGGGGGGGGGGGAUAA